GCGGGCUGGGGGAGCUGGGCUGAACUGGCCCUCCCGGGGCCUCAGCCUGCGCCCUAGAGCCCCCCAGAUGCGCCCCCUCCGGGGCCCCCCGGUUGCGUGAGGACACCUUCUCUGAGGGGCGCCGCUCACCCCUCUCGAGACCGCCCGGGGCCCCGGUUGGCCAGAGGAUGGACGAGGAGGAGGAUGGAGCGGGCGCCGAGGAGUCAGGACAGCCCCGGAGCUUCAUGCGGCUCAACGACCUGUCGGGGGCUGGGGGCCGGCCGGGGCCGGGGUCAGCGGAAAAGGACCCGGGCAGCGCGGACUCCGAGGCAGAGGGGCUGCCGUACCCGGCGCUGGCCCCGGUGGUCUUCUUCUACUUGAGCCAGGACAGCCGCCCGCGGAGCUGGUGUCUCCGCACCGUCUGUAAUCCCUGGUUUGAGCGGAUCAGCAUGUUGGUCAUCCUUCUCAACUGUGUCACUCUGGGCAUGUUCCGGCCAUGUGAGGACAUCGCCUGUGACUCCCAGCGCUGCCGGAUCCUGCAGGCCUUUGAUGACUUCAUCUUUGCCUUCUUCGCUGUGGAGAUGGUGGUGAAGAUGGUGGCCUUGGGCAUCUUUGGGAAAAAGUGUUACCUGGGAGACACUUGGAACCGGCUGGACUUUUUCAUCGUUAUUGCAGGGAUGCUGGAGUACUCGCUGGACCUGCAAAACGUGAGCUUCUCCGCUGUCAGGACAGUCCGUGUGCUGCGGCCGCUCAGGGCCAUCAACCGGGUGCCCAGCAUGCGCAUCCUGGUCACCCUGCUGCUGGACACGCUGCCCAUGCUGGGCAACGUCCUGCUGCUCUGCUUCUUCGUCUUCUUCAUCUUCGGCAUCGUGGGCGUCCAGCUGUGGGCAGGGCUGCUUCGGAACCGGUGCUUCCUGCCCGAGAACUUCAGCCUCCCCCUGAGCGUGGACCUGGAGCGCUACUACCAGACAGAGAAUGAGGACGAGAACCCCUUCAUCUGCUCCCAGCCUCGGGAGAAUGGCAUGCGCUCCUGCAGGAGCGUGCCCACCCUGCGUGGGGAAGGGGGCGGCGGCCCACCCUGCGGCCUGGACUACGAGUCCUACAACAGCUCCAGCAAUACCACCUGCGUCAACUGGAACCAGUACUACACCAACUGCUCUGCGGGGGAGCACAACCCCUUCAAGGGCGCCAUCAACUUCGACAACAUCGGCUAUGCCUGGAUCGCCAUCUUCCAGGUUAUCACGCUGGAGGGCUGGGUCGACAUCAUGUACUUUGUGAUGGAUGCUCAUUCCUUCUACAACUUCAUCUACUUCAUCCUGCUCAUCAUCGUGGGCUCCUUCUUCAUGAUCAACCUGUGCCUGGUGGUGAUUGCCACACAGUUCUCAGAGACCAAGCAGCGGGAAAGCCAGCUGAUGCGGGAGCAGCGCGUGCGAUUCCUAUCCAACGCCAGCACCCUGGCCAGCUUCUCGGAGCCAGGCAGCUGCUACGAAGAGCUGCUCAAGUACCUGGUGUACAUCCUUCGUAAAGCAGCUCGCAGGCUGGCCCAGGUCUCCCGGGCGGUGGGCGUGCGGGCUGGGCUGCUAAGCAGUCCAGCAGCCCUGGGGGCCCAGGAGCCCCAGCCCAGUGGCAGCUGUUCGCGCUCCCACCGCCGCCCGUCCGUCCAUCACCUGGUGCACCACCAUCACCAUCAUCACCACCACUACCACCUGGGCAACGGGACACUGCGGGGACCCCGGGCCAGCCCGGAGAUCCAAGACAGGGAUGCCAACGGGUCCCGCCGGCUCAUGCUGCCACCACCCUCGACACCCGCCCUCCCUGGGGGUUCUCCAGGGGGCACAGAGGCUGUGCACAGCUUCUACCAUGCUGACUGCCACCUGGAGCCAGUCCGCUGCCAGGCGCCCCCUCCCCGGUCUCCAUCUGAGGCAUCGGGCAGGACUGUGAGCAGUGGAAAGGUGUACCCCACUGUGCACACCAGCCCUCCACCAGAGAUGCUGAAGGAGAAGGCACUUGUGGAGGUGGCCCCCACCUCUGGACCCCCCACCCUCACCAGCCUCAAUAUCCCACCUGAGCGCUACAGCUCCAUGCACAAGCUGCUGGAGACACAGAGUACAGGCGCCUGCCAAAGCUCUUGCAAGAUCUCCAGCCCUUGCUUGAAGGCAGACAGUGGAGCCUGUGGCCCGGACAGCUGCCCCUACUGUGCCCGGGCUGGGGCAGGGGAGGCGGAGCUCGCCGGCCACGAGAUGCCCGACUCAGACAGCGAGGCGGUUUAUGAGUUCACACAGGAUGCCCAGCACGGUGACCUCCGAGACCCCCACAGGCGACGGCGACGGAGUCUGGGGCUGGACGGGGAGCCCAACUCUGCGCUGGCCUUCUGGAGGCUGGUCUGUGACACCUUCCGGAAGAUUGUGGACAGCAAGUACUUCGGUCGGGGGAUCAUGAUCGCCAUCCUGGUCAACACGCUCAGCAUGGGUAUCGAGUACCACGAGCAGCCCGAGGAGCUUACCAACGCCCUGGAAAUCAGCAACAUCGUCUUCACCAGCCUCUUUGCCCUGGAGAUGCUACUGAAGCUGCUUGUGUACGGUCCCUUUGGCUACAUCAAGAACCCCUACAACAUCUUCGACGGAGUCAUUGUUGUCAUCAGCGUGUGGGAGAUCGUGGGCCAGCAGGGGGGCGGCCUGUCGGUGCUGCGGACCUUCCGCCUGAUGCGAGUGCUGAAGCUGGUGCGCUUCCUGCCGGCGCUGCAGCGGCAGCUCGUGGUGCUCAUGAAGACCAUGGACAACGUGGCCACCUUCUGCAUGCUGCUCAUGCUCUUCAUCUUCAUCUUCAGCAUCCUGGGCAUGCACCUCUUCGGCUGCAAGUUUGCAUCCGAGCGGGACGGGGACACACUACCGGACCGGAAGAAUUUCGACUCCCUGCUCUGGGCCAUUGUCACCGUCUUUCAGAUCCUGACCCAGGAGGACUGGAACAAGGUGCUCUACAACGGCAUGGCCUCCACGUCGUCCUGGGCCGCCCUGUACUUCAUCGCCCUCAUGACCUUUGGCAACUACGUGCUCUUCAAUCUGCUUGUCGCCAUCUUGGUGGAGGGCUUCCAGGCGGAGGGAGAUGCUACCAAGUCUGAGUCAGAACCCGAUUUCUUCUCGCCCAGCCUGGAUGGCGAUGAGGACCGGAAGAAGCGCUUGGCCUUGGUGUCGCUGGGAGAGCACCCAGAGCUUCGGAGGAGCCUGUUGCCACCUCUCAUCAUCCACACGGCUGCCACGCCCAUGUCCCUGCCUAAGAGCUCCAGCACUGGCCUGGCCGAGGCGCUGGGCCCUGCCUCCCGACGCACCAGCAGCAGUGGGUCGGCCGAGCCCGGGGCAGCUCACGAGAUGAAGUCACCGCCGAGUGCCCGUAGCUCUCCGCACAGCCCCUGGAGCGCGGCAAGCAGCUGGACCAGCAGGCGCUCCAGUCGCAACAGUCUAGGCCGCGCCCCGAGCCUGAAGCGCAGGAGCCUGAGUGGGGAGCGGAGGUCCCUGCUGUCCGGCGAGGGCCGGGAGAGCCAGGAUGAGGAGGAGAGCUCUGAGGAGGAGCGGGCCAGCCCGGCCAGCAGCAGUGACCGUCGCCACAGGGGCUCCCUGGAGCGGGAGGCUAAGAGCUCCUUUGACCUGCCGGACACACUACAAGUGCCCGGGCUGCACCGCACAGCCAGCGGCCGCAGCUCAGCCUCUGAGCACCAGGGCUGCAAUGGCAAAUCAGCCUCGGGGCGCCUGGCUGGGGCCCCACUGCCCGAUGACCCCCCGCUGGAUGGGGACGAUGGCGAUGACGAGGGCAACCUGAGCAAAGGGGAACGGCUGAGGGCUUGGAUCCGAGCCCGGCUGCCUGCCUGCUGCCGGGAGCGAGACUCUUGGUCCGCCUACAUCUUCCCUCCUCAGUCACGGUUCCGCCUCCUGUGUCACCGGAUCAUUACUCACAAGAUGUUUGACCACGUGGUCCUCGUCAUCAUCUUCCUCAACUGCAUCACCAUCGCCAUGGAGCGCCCCAAGAUUGACCCGCACAGCGCUGAACGCAUCUUCCUGACACUCUCCAAUUACGUCUUUACCGCAGUCUUCCUGGCGGAGAUGACUGUGAAGGUGGUGGCGCUGGGCUGGUGCUUCGGGGAGCAGGCAUACCUGCGCAGCAGCUGGAAUGUGCUGGACGGGCUGCUGGUGCUCAUCUCCAUCAUCGACAUCCUGGUGUCCAUGGUCUCUGACAGCGGCACCAAGAUCCUCGGCAUGCUGAGGGUGCUGCGGCUGCUGAGGACCCUGCGCCCACUCAGGGUAAUCAGUCGGGCACAGGGCCUGAAGCUGGUGGUAGAAACGCUAAUGUCUUCGCUAAAGCCCAUUGGCAACAUCGUGGUCAUCUGUUGUGCCUUCUUCAUCAUUUUUGGCAUCCUGGGGGUGCAGCUCUUCAAAGGGAAGUUCUUCGUGUGCCAGGGUGAGGACACCAGGAACAUCACCAACAAAUCUGACUGUGCCGAAGCCAGUUACCGGUGGGUCCGACACAAGUACAACUUCGACAACCUCGGCCAGGCCCUGAUGUCACUGUUCGUGCUGGCCUCCAAGGACGGCUGGGUGGACAUCAUGUACGACGGGCUGGAUGCCGUGGGUGUGGACCAGCAGCCCAUCAUGAACCACAACCCCUGGAUGCUGCUGUACUUCAUCUCGUUCCUGCUCAUUGUGGCCUUCUUUGUCCUGAACAUGUUUGUGGGCGUGGUGGUAGAGAACUUUCACAAGUGUCGGCAGCACCAGGAGGAGGAGGAGGCCCGGCGGCGGGAGGAGAAACGUCUGCGGAGACUGGAGAAAAAGAGAAGGAGUAAGGAGAAGCAGAUGGCUGAUCUAAUGCUGGACGAUGUAAUUGCUUCCGGCAGCUCAGCCAGCGCGGCGCCAGAAGCCCAGUGCAAACCCUACUACUCGGACUACUCCCGCUUCCGACUGCUCGUCCACCACUUGUGCACCAGCCACUACCUGGAUCUCUUCAUUACGGGUGUCAUUGGGCUGAACGUGGUCACCAUGGCCAUGGAGCACUACCAGCAGCCCCAGAUCCUGGACGAGGCUCUGAAGAUCUGCAACUACAUCUUCACCGUCAUCUUCGUCUUGGAGUCAGUUUUCAAACUUGUGGCCUUCGGCUUCCGCCGGUUCUUCCAGGACAGGUGGAACCAGCUGGACCUGGCCAUUGUGCUGCUCUCCAUCAUGGGCAUCACGCUGGAGGAGAUUGAGGUCAACGCCUCCCUGCCCAUCAACCCCACCAUCAUCCGCAUCAUGAGGGUGCUGCGCAUCGCCCGAGUGCUAAAGCUGCUGAAGAUGGCUGUGGGCAUGCGGGCGCUGCUGGACACAGUGAUGCAGGCCCUGCCCCAGGUGGGGAACCUGGGACUCCUCUUCAUGUUGUUGUUUUUCAUCUUUGCAGCUCUGGGCGUGGAGCUCUUUGGAGACCUGGAGUGUGACGAGACGCACCCCUGCGAGGGCCUGGGCCGGCAUGCCACCUUCCGCAACUUCGGCAUGGCCUUCCUGACCCUCUUCCGAGUCUCCACAGGUGACAACUGGAAUGGCAUUAUGAAGGAUACCCUUCGGGACUGUGACCAGGAGUCCACCUGCUACAACACAGUCAUCUCCCCCAUCUACUUCGUGUCCUUCGUGCUGACAGCCCAGUUUGUGUUGGUCAAUGUGGUGAUCGCUGUGUUGAUGAAGCACCUGGAGGAGAGCAACAAGGAGGCCAAGGAGGAGGCUGAGCUGGAGGCGGAGCUGGAGCUAGAGAUGAAGACGCUUAGCCCGCAGCCCCACUCACCGCUGGGCAGCCCCUUCCUCUGGCCUGGGGUGGAGGGCCCCGACAGCCCUGACAGCCCCAAGCCUGGGGCCCCGCAUGCUGGGACCCACGCUGGUGCAGCCUCUCGCUACUCCCUGGAGCACCCCACGGACAGACAGCUGUUUGACACCAUAUCCCUGCUGAUCCAGGGCUCCCUGGAGGGGGAGCUGAAGCUGAUGGACGAGCUGGCAGGCCCAUGGGGCCAGCCCUCUGCCUUCCCUCCAGCCAGCAGCGCGGGCGGCUCCGACCCACAGAUGGUGCCCCACCCGGAGGAGAUGCCCAUCACGCUGGGACCAGACCUGCUCACUGUGCGGAAGUCUGGGGUCAGCCGGACCCACUCUCUGCCCAACGACAGCUACAUGUGCCGGGAUGGAAGCACUGCCGAGGGGUCCCUGGGACAUAGGGGCUGGGGACUCCCCAAAGCUCAGUCAGGCUCUGUCUUGUCUGUUCACUCCCAACCAGCAGACACCAACUAUAUCCUGCAGCUUCCCAAAGAUGCACCCCAUCUGCUGCAGCCCCACAGCGCCCCCACCUGGAGCACCAUCCCCAAGCUGCCCCCUCCAGGCUGCUCCCCUUUGGCCCAGAGGCCACUUAGACGCCAGGCAGCAAUAAGGACCGACUCUCUGGAUGCUCAGGGCCUGGGCAGCAGGGAGGACCUGCUGUCAGAGGCGAGCGGGCCCUCCCCACCUCUGGCCCGGACCUCCUCCUUCUGGGGCCGGCUGAGCACCCAGGUGCAGCAGCAUUCCCGCAGCCAGAGCAAGAUCUUGAAGCACACGCACCCGCCAGUCCCCUGCCCAGGCCCAGAGCCCACCUGGGGCAAAAGCCCACCAGAGGCCAGGAGCAGCUUAGAGCUGGACACGGAGCUGAGCUGGAUUUCAGGAGACCUCCUGGCGGUCGGCAGCCAGGAGGAGCCCCCGUGCCCGCGGGACCUGAAGAAGUGCUACAGCGUGGAGGCCCAGAGCUGCCGGCGCCGGCCCACGUCCUGGUUGGAGGAACAGAGGAGACACUCCAUUGCUGUCAGCUGCCUGGACAGCGGAUCCCAAGCCCACCUGGGCCCUGGCCCUUCUAGCCUCGGGGGGCCGCCUCUUGGGGGGCCAGGGAGCCGGCCCAAGAAAAAACUCAGUCCGCCCAGUAUCUCUAUAGACCCCCCAGAGAGCCAGGGCGCUCGGCCCCCACCCAGCCCUGGCAUCUGCCUCCGGCGGCGGGCUCCGUCCAGCGACUCCAAGGAUCUCUUGGCCUCUGGCCCCCCCGACAGCAUGGCUGCCUCGCCCUCCCCAAAGAAAGACAUGCUGGGUGUCUCCGGUUUACCCUCCGACCCGGCAGACCUGGACCCCUGAGUCCUGCCCCACUCUCCCACUCACCUUCCUCCACUGGGUGCCAAAUCCUAGCUCCUCCUCCUGGGCUAUAUUCCUGACAAAAGUCCCACGUGGAGACCGAGGAGGGGCUCCUCCCUGCCUCAGCGGCGCUGGGCACUGGCGAAAGCAGGACUUCCAGAGAGGGCUGGAGGCGGUGGCCCUGACCACCCUGGCUCCCGGUGGAAAGAGAGAGGCCCAGUGUAGCUGAGGUUCCCGACACCAGGAGCUGUUGGGAGAAAGCAAUACGUUUGUGCAGAAUCUCUAUGUAUAUUCUAUUUUAUUAAAUUAAUUGAAUCUAGUAUAUGCGGGAUGUACGACAUUUUGUGACUGAAGAGACUUGUUUCCUUCUACUUUUAUGUGUCUCAGAAUAUUUUUGAGGCGAAGGCGUCUGUCUCUCGGCUAUUUUAACCUAAAAUCACCAGUCUAGUUAUAUUCCCUCUUCUUGCAAAGCACAAGCUGGGACCGCGAGUGCAUCACAGCCCUGACGGUGGCCCGUCCUCCGCGGAGAGCGAGAACCAUUUUGGAAACUGCAAUGUAACUUAUUUUCUCCUUGAACCUCGUCAUCAUUUUCUGUAGGAAAAAAAAAGAGAAAAAGAAAAAACCAAGAUUUU